AUGACAUAGAGUAUGAUAGUCAAUGACGAAAGUUGGUUAAUUUUGAGUUUAUUGUUGACCAUAAAAUCACUCUCUUGUUGUUGACAUAAAACUACUUUCUACAUACGAGUAAAAUUACUUUACGGAAGAAACGGUGAAUUCUAGAUAAAGUUAAAUCGAGUUGGGUCAAGGCAGUACAUAAUAAAAUCGUAGUUAUAUUUUAAUUAAGUGGUAUUUAUUCAUGCACAGUUCAAGGUUCAUAUUGACGGCUAACUGACGGCUCUAAAACGUAAACAUAUAACUAUUAUGUACUUAGUGCUUACAAUAUCUUAAUAUUCAUGUAAUAACAAUGAACGGUAUCACGCUGAUAAUGUGUAAAUACGUCAGAUAAAGAAAAUAUAAGUUUUAUUGCUACUGAUAUCCAUUUUGUCCAAGUUAAAUCACACGCGAGUGCCGCGAGCGCGUCAGGAUGGACGUAAUAAUAAAAGUAAAUAACCAGACCACUGGGAGAGACAAAUUAGCCAGGCUAAUUCAGUACACGAGUCGUCUAGUCUGGCAUCAGCUGGAAAUAAGGAAUGCAAACAAGUAUUCCGUGGACAGAAUAAAAAAUCUAGAGCUAACAUUUAGUUCUUUCAGAAAAAUUUUAAGGCUUGGAAGAUGCAUAGACAUUUGCUAUACUGCACUGAACAGUAUGCACAUUGAAGACCCCAUCUUAAGAGUUACAUUGACAGUAAGCAAACUGGCGCAUGCACUGUUCCUCUACUCUGACCAUAUAGUUUGGCUGACUAAAAGUGGAUUCCUCAAAACAGAUUCAGAGAAAUGGAACAGAACAGCAAACAAAUUCUGGCUCAUUUCAAUCAUUGCUAACCUAGCCAGAGAUAUCUAUGAAAUUAUCCAUGUCAUGGAUUUACAUCGGGCAACUUUCAUAAAACCUACAGACCUUCUGAAUUCUUCAGUGAAGUAUGAUUUGAAUGAAAGCAUUAAGUACAUGUAUAUGUUGAUGAGCUGCCAUAAAGAUGUAUUUAUUGAUACUUUAAAGAAUUCUUGUGACAUGUUCAUUCCGCUCACUGCAUUAGGGGUUACGAAAUUGAGUCCGAGCACUGUAGGAGUACUUGGGGCUAUUUCCUCAUUGGCUGCUUUAAUGACCAUUGUGAAACCAAUUACUAAAUUAGUGCCUGCUUAAAUUAUGAUGAUUUGUUUAUGUGGUGCUGGGCUUAUGUAUCUAGAUUGUGAUGAUUCAUUUUAAAUUUUUAUAUAAUGUUCAAAGGAACUUGUACUGUAGUAUUAUAUUGAAAAGUACUGCAAGAUGUAUGCUUUUUAGAAGUCAGUUUAAUGAUUCUAAAGUUAUCAUUAAGAAUUAAUGAACAAAUGUAGAUUUUUGUUCUUUUUAUUAUUGGCAUGAGUUUGUAUCAAACUAAUUAUUUGUAAUGUGUCUCCAACUCUAUUAUGGUACAAUAAAUAAAAAUUUACUAUUUUAAA